AUGCAGUCAGAGAACGUCACUGCCCAUGACUACUACUCAGGCCUCCAGAAGAGCAUGCAUGUCCUCUCCAUGGUGGUGUACAGCAUCGCCUGUUUGCUGGGGGUGACAGGGAAUGGCCUCGUCAUCUGGAUUGCAGGCUUCAAGAUGAAGAAGACGGUGAACUCCGUCUGGUUCCUCAACCUGGCCAUCGCUGACUUCAUCUUCACCUUUUUCCUGCCCCUCAGCAUCGCCUACACUGCCCUGGGCUUCCACUGGCCGUUUGGGAAGCUCCUGUGCAAGCUGAACAGCACCAUGGCAUUCCUCAACAUGUUCGCCAGUGUCUUCCUCCUGACGGUCAUCAGCAUGGACCGAUGCGUUUCUGUGGCCUUUCCCGUUUGGUCUCACAACCGCAGGAAUCCGGAGCUGGCGGCCAGGAUCGCACUGGGGACGUGGGUCCUGGCUCUCCUCCUCAGCUCCCCGUACCUUGUCUUUCGGGACACUUUGGUCAGUUCCAGAAACGUCACCAGCUGCUAUAAUAAUUUUGCGUUGUCUGAUGACUACACGUCUGAGGCAACGCGGAGGCUGUGGAGGAUGCGGCAUAAAGCAAUGAUCAUAACGCGAUUUUUAUGUGGGUUCCUCAUCCCUUUCAUGGUGAUUCUCAUCUGCUACAGCAUUGUGGCUGUCAAGAUGAAAAGGCGGCAGUUAGCCAACUCUGCGAAGCCAUACAGAAUUAUCAUUGCUGUCACAGUCUCGUUUUUCCUCUGUUAUUUUCCCUAUCAUGUCUUCUCCUUGCUAGAAAUAUCCAAAAACUCUUCCAGUCAUGAGAUGAAAAUGGCCCUUUACAUAGGGAUCCCCUUGGUUUCCAGCCUUGCUUUCUUCAACAGCUGCAUCAACCCCAUCCUGUACGUAUUUGUGGGGCCUGACUUCAAGGAGAAGUUUCGCCAGUCCAUCCUGUCAACCUUUGAAGGGGCCUUCAGCGAGGAGUCAGUCCUGGGCAGCCUGACCAGCAGGCGGAAGUCCAGGUCUGCUUCGGAAGUGGAGGUCCCCAGGGUCUGA